AUACGGGUGAGGGAGAGAAACAACUGUAAUAAAAAGCGGUCCGAAUUCUUGUCCUUUUCGAACAGCCAGCAAUAAUCGCUGUCGUGUUGAGCAGUCCGUAUCAGGAACAACACCUCGUGUGGGAGAAAGCUUCGCCUGAACGAUGCCGGACUCGAAAAAAUUCUUCGAGAAUCUUUCCGGAGCAGGAAAGUCUAUCGGCGUGCUGACGAGCGGCGGAGAUGCUCAAGGAAUGAAUGCAGCAGUAAGGGCUGUUGUCAGGAUGGGGAUUUAUGUUGGAGCCAAAGUCUAUUUUAUCCAUGAGGGUUACCAGGGCAUGGUGGAUGGAGGUGACAACAUCAGGGAGGCCACAUGGGAGAGUGUCUCCAGCAUGCUUCAACUGGGUGGUACAGUAAUUGGCAGUGCCCGCUGUAAAGAGUUUCGUACACAUGAGGGCCGUCUGCGUGCGGCUCUGAACCUGGUACGACUCGGAGUUACAAACCUGUGUGUGAUUGGUGGAGACGGCAGCCUGACCGGGGCUAAUCUGUUCAGGGAGGAGUGGAGCGGCCUGUUGGAGGAGCUUGUGCAAACAGGUCAGAUAGAUGAGCAGGCAGCUGAAACGCAUUCUGCGCUGCAUAUCGUGGGCAUGGUGGGCUCCAUAGAUAAUGACUUCUGUGGAACAGACAUGACCAUCGGCACCGACUCCGCUCUGCACAGGAUCAUAGAGGUGGUGGACGCCAUAAUGACCACAGCACAGAGCCAUCAGAGAACCUUCGUCCUGGAGGUGAUGGGGAGACACUGCGGGUAUCUAGCAUUAGUCAGUGCUUUAGCGUGCGGUGCUGACUGGGUGCUGAUUCCUGAAAUGCCUCCAGAGGAUGGCUGGGAGGAACAGAUGUGUCAGAAACUAUCAGAGAACCGAGCAGAUAAGAAAAGGCUUAAUAUCAUCAUAGUAGCAGAGGGAGCCUUAGACUCGCACAACAGGUCCAUAACUACGGACUAUGUGAAAGACCUGGUGGUAAGAUGUUUGGGCUUUGAUACCCGCGUCACCAUCCUGGGCCAUGUGCAGAGAGGAGGGACGCCCUCCGCCUUCGAUAGAAUCCUGGCCAGUAGAAUGGGGGUGGAGGCAGUGUUAGCUUUGUUGGAAGCAUCUCCAGACACUCCUGCCUGUGUGGUGUCUCUGCGUGGAAAUCAGGCCAUUAGGCUGCCUCUCAUGGAAUGUGUGCAGAUGACUCAGGAAGUGCAGAGAGCCAUGGACAAGAAGAACUUUGAGGAGGCAGUUAAACUUCGAGGGAGGAGUUUUGAAAACAACCUAAACACCUACAAGCUGCUCUCAUAUCGCAAACCAGACUCAGAAGUCCCAAAAAGUCCAUUCAAUGUGGCUGUGUUAAAUGUGGGAGCUCCAGCAGCGGGCAUGAACGCCGCAGUCCGUUCUGCCGUCAGGGUGGGCAUCACUGAAGGCCACACCAUGUUUGCAGUUCAUGAUGGCUUUGAGGGCUUCAGCAAGGGCCAGAUAAAGGAGAUCAAAUGGGGGGAUGUCGGAGGCUGGACCGGUCAGGGUGGGUCCCUACUAGGGACAAAACGAACUCUUCCAGCUAAGCAUUUGAAUAAAAUUGCUGAACAGAUGAGAAUUCAUAACAUCAGUGCUUUACUCGUCAUUGGAGGAUUUGAGGCGUAUCUGGGUCUGCUGGAGCUGCUAGCUGCUCGUUCCAAACACCCUGAGCUUUGCGUUCCCAUGGUAAUGGUUCCCUCCACCGUCUCCAACAACAUCCCUGGCUCGGACCUGAGCAUCGGGGCAGACACUGCCCUCAAUGCCAUCACCAACACAUGUGAUCGUAUAAAGCAGUCUGCGAGUGGUACCAAGAGGCGUGUUUUCAUCAUUGAAACCAUGGGUGGCUACUGUGGUUACCUGGCAACGGUAGGUGCGUUGGCUGCUGGAGCCGAUGCUGCCUACAUCUACGAAGAAUCCUUCAGCAUCAGAGACCUGCAGACCAAUGUAGAGCAUUUAACAGAGAAGAUGAAGACCAGCAUCCAGAGAGGACUAGUACUCAGGAACGAGAACAGCAAUGAGAACUUCACUACAGACUUUAUCUACCAGCUGUACUCAGAAGAGGGCAAAGGAGUGUUUGACUGCAGGAAGAAUGUCCUGGGACAUAUGCAGCAGGGAGGAGCUCCAUCUCCGUUUGACAGGAAUUUUGGCACGAAGAUUGCAGCUAAGGCUAUGCAGUGGAUCUCCAAAAAGCUGAAGGAAUUCUACAUUGAGGAAGAAGGUCGUGUGUUUGCCAACACUGAGGACUCUGCGUGUUUAUUGGGGAUGCGCCGUAGAGCUUUGGUCUUCCAGCCUGUGACACAGCUGAAAGAAGAGACAGACUUUGAGCAUAGGAUUCCUAAGGAACAAUGGUGGCUGAAGCUCCGCCCUUUAAUGAAGAUACUGGCCAAGUACAAGACCAGCUAUGACGUGUCUGACUCCGGCCAGCUGGAACAUGUGGCUGGUUUGAGGACCCCAGAUGAGAAUGAGAUAGAGAAAGAGUGUGAGGAAGAGUGAGAAAGAGCAUAUAAUAGUGGGUGAAAGGAGUGAGAGAAAAGAAAGAAUGUGAAGAGAAUUUAUUUUGUGAACAUUAAAAUUCAUAGCAAAUUCACAGCAGUGUAUUGAGUGCAUAGGUGUAGAAUCUCAAAUACCUCUAAUCAGACCCUGCUGCCACUGAUGUACUGCCAUGGUUAUCCUCUUAACCGAUACAAGUAAGCUUAGUGUGCUAGCACCUUAUGUAAGUCAGAUAGUUAAGCUAAACUUCAACCUAAAACACGCCUGCAGGUGUAGCAUAUAUGCUUUUUUCCCUCAUUGGAAAGACAAGUGAAAAUCAUCAAUGUGAAGAAGUUUAGGACGAGUAAACAGACUACAUGUUUUUCCUCCGUGCAGUCCUUUGGAAGUGUGAGGUCAGAUUUGUCUUUUGCACAAGACUGCGGUCUCCCCCCAUGCUGUUCUCUGUAGCACCUUGAUAUUUGUUGAGUGAUUAGUCUGAAUCUGUGUGUGAGUGCUUCGUACCAAAGCUGGAGUUUAUAUGUGUGUCAAUAGCUGUUGACUGUGAUGUCUGUUAUUGUGAAAUGAAGUUUUGCUGCUGUCAUAAAAUAACUACAAACUAUAUGAUAGAACGCUGAUCAGUCAUACUAUUGCCAGUGCUUAGUUCAGCUAUUUAGAGAAAUGCAGGUAGCUACACUGCUAGCUACAUGGCAAAACUAGCUUGCUACAUUAAAGAUACUUCAUGAUUGAUGUCUCUGAGCCAAAUUUGAAAUUGUAAUGUGAAACAUUUUAAAAGGGAUGCACGAUUGUAUCGAAAUCAUAUCAGUAUAGGCAGACAACCAUUAACAGCAUCGGAACGGUUUUUAGAUAUGAAUGAUAAUUCAAAUGAUAUGUUAUGUGUUUACAGUGUUCCAGAAAAGCCUGUGUUUUAUUCAUUUUACUUUGUGUGUAAUCCUCUCCAAAUAAAUGUUACAUUUUUCCAUAAUGUUAAUCCUGGAGGAUCUAGAGGCAGUUUUAACAUUUUAAAAAUGUGUUGGCAUCAGUCUUAAACACCUAAGCACAUUAUUUACAACCAUUUAUCUUGGCAGUAUGUGUUUUGCCAGAAAAACACCAUCUAUCCUUAAAAUAAAUGCAAAUGUAAGUACAAUUUCCUUCAUUCAAUAAAUUUGAGGGACAAUGUUUGCCUCCAGAUUUGUCUUAGAUGCCCCCAGCUAUCGCAUAGAUUUAUGAAAUUUAAUUACCAGCCAGGUAUUAAAUUAUAACUACAAAUAAUACUGGGCUACCACAAGGAGAGGUUUGGAAGUGGUUAAACAACCACACUGACAUACGUAAAACCGCUACUUACUGUAUUGAUAUUAUUUUUAUUAUAUUUGUGUUUUUCUGAACAAAUACAUGCUUACUGACCAGAACACAG